AAACUCAAACUGUCAAACAAACGUCAGCCGGUCAAGCCACAAACACAAUUUUCGGCACACUUUCGUAAAAUUUACUGAAUUAAAUUCAUACAAAACCCAAUUAACCAACAAACCUACUGUCCUAAUCAUGGCUGGAUCUGCGUUGCGUCGUCUGAUGGCAGAAUAUAAGCAACUUACCCUGAACCCCCCUGAAGGUAUAAUUGCUGGGCCCAUAAAUGAAGAAAACUUCUUUGAAUGGGAAGCCCUGAUCACAGGUCCCGAAGGUACCUGCUUUGAGGGUGGCAUCUUUCCCGCUAAACUCAUUUUCCCAUCAGACUACCCGCUCAGCCCACCGAAGAUGCAGUUUGUUUGUGAGAUGUUUCAUCCAAACAUCUAUGCGGACGGCCGAGUCUGCAUCUCGAUCCUGCAUGCGCCCGGAGACGACCCCAUGGGCUAUGAGAGCAGCUCGGAGCGCUGGUCGCCCGUGCAGAGUGUGGAGAAGAUACUGCUCUCCGUCGUGAGCAUGCUUGCUGAGCCAAACGACGAGAGUGGCGCCAACGUGGACGCGGCCAAGAUGUGGCGCGAGGACCGCGCGCAGUUCAACAGCAUCGCCGACCGCAUCGUCAAGAAGACGCUCGGCCUGCACCAGUAGACCGCAGCACGGGGUGGUUAUCUACGUAGAUAAAUGUUACUAUAUCGCGUAAAACGGCGCUUAGUGGAACGCGUAGUAAACGAGUUUAUCGAAUCGCAGUUUGACAUAAAAACGGCGCUUAGUGGAACAUGUAAAACGAGUUUAUCGGCGUCGAUAACGAACCCGUGUAGAGGCUGCAGCCGCCGCUCACGGGUUCACUUACCUAAGUAGAUAAACUAAACUCGCGAGUAAAGAAAAAGUUCAAGUUAGAUAGCACCAAAUUACUCCUAAACAGAAACGCCGUUUGCAAUAUAUAAGUACGUUUAACAGCGCAUUAGAAUAUUACCAACUAAAAACGUAAUCAUGGUGUUCAAUGUUUAAGAAAUUCGGGCCAUUUGAAAUCGCCAUUUUGUAAGUGGAACUGUUUAAUUGCUCGCUAGUGUAGUAUAAUGCAUGCGUUUCACGAUUUGUAGGUGCCAAUGUUAUGAAGUUGUUAAACAUAUAGUGCGAUAUAAUGUUUAUCUACGUAGAUAAUUAUGUUCAGCCGCGGUAGCCCUUCUACCACCAUCUGUUAUCCUAGCCAUGGAUGAAGUGACAAAUAGUGUUAUCUAAUCCACUAUGCUGUUUAUUAUCAAUAGUUCAAUCGAUUCUACGACUGACGCUAAUGCUAAUCUAACCGGCCGAUCUUUUUGACACUGACACAAUAGUGCCAAUUUCUCCAUAGUCGGUUAUCUAACCGCCAGGAAUUGGUUAAUCAAUUAUACGUCAUAUCCAUAUAAAAUUCUUGACAGAUGUGUCAAAAGACAACCACUAACUCCUGGUUAUGCUCUAACUAUGGAGAAAUUGGCACUAAUAAGAAAUGAUUGAACUCGUGAAAAAUGUUAGAGAAAUUAUAUAAAUUAUUACAUCAAUGAGUCUUAGAAGGAUGACAAAAUCGCAUACGGUUGAACGCACAACUUCAUAGCUCAUUAACCAACUUAAGUUAUACAGAUGGUGGUAUGGAGGCAGUUAUGUUAACGGGGAAUUGACUUCCGUUUUAACUGAAAAGUUUCCGGUUUGACGAAGAUUAUUUAGUCAAAAGAACACAUAGUAGAAAGUAUCGUUAUUCAUCACCAUCAGCCUUAGAUCGUCCUUUGCUGGUCAAUUCUGGACAGUUGUUACUCAACAUAUAUUAUGUAUAAUGAAACUGUUUUGUUAUGUAUUGCCAUAGUGUAUAGAGAUACUAUUUUCACAGAAAAAUAUUUUUAUAAAAUGUAAACAUUGAUACAAAUUACAAUAAUUGUUGGGUGGUGCCCUUUUGCUGUGCGAAAUUAAAUGCUCAAAGUGAACUAAAAUGGAGAUUUUAAUAAGUCUGCACGCUUGAGUAGUAAAUUGAGUGGUCCUUUUGACCUCCUUAAGUUAACUUAUUAUGUUUGUUGGAUGUUCUUGUUGUAUAACUUAAUAUUUCCCUAUUUGCGUGCGGGACUAAUGUCGCUUUAUCUUAUCUUGUUCUGCUAGCCUAGCACGGGGUGCAAGACAAGCACGUCAACACGUGACACAAGUUCUCCGUCGCGCUCACUCUCGUGACCGCGCGAUCUGAGUGUGCUUUUGUCUCGUCUUGACAUGUGCGUCUUGCGCUCCGUGCUAGGCCUUUUGUUGUGGUCGUGAGCAUAGCGGUCACCGCAGGGCUCUUAGAAGGUAUAUAUGAAGUAAGUUCAAUCAUAAAUAUGAACACAAAAAUAUAUUAAAAGUGUAACUUAUUCACGCAUUAAAGUACCUUAGUCAUUGACAAUAAUCAACAUAUCUAAGUAGAAGUUUGUUAAUACGAACAUAUCUUUAAAAUUAAGAGCCCUUUAAUAAUACUCCACAACUUUGCUACUUAACAUUAUUGUGUGUAUCUUGGGUUUUGAUAGAGUAGAGUAUAAAUUUUAUCUUCUAUUUCAAGUAAGCUUAAGCUGUUAAGCUAAGGCUUUGAUUACUUUUUAUAUGUUGAAGCGGACUUAGAAAUCUGACUAAAAUUUGCUGGCUUUUUCAACUGCGUAAUUUUAAUGAUAUUAGCUUGUAAUGAAAUAUCUUGGCUGUUAUUUGGGUGACUACAUCAACGACUGACUUGAAUGUAAGCGGGAAUUAUAAUAACUGUUGACUACGAACGUAUAGAUAAUUCUGUUAUUUUUUAAGUUCAAAUAUAAUUAUAUUUACUAUUUAUUGUGUAAUGGUUACAGGGAGAAAUAAAAGACAUUAUUCAUGCAA